CAGGCUACGUAGAGCGGACAGUCUGACGAACGCCAGCUUUCAACUAUAAUAAAAUCAAAGAAAAUCUUUACUUUGUUUUUUGUGUUUGACAUUAUUUUCUAUCAUAGUAGCGACUCCAUCCGAUAGGAAUGGCAGCGGUGGUUCUGUACGGCCGUCGAAGAGGAGCUAGUAAAAACGAUGAAGCCAUUAGAGCUAUGCAGCCACCAGACCUCCAACAUGUUACUGUCUUACGUAAGACUGAAUGGCUGAGGAUUCAAGAUGAACUGUGUGGGGUUAAUAAAGAAGAGAAGAGAAUAAAAGAGGCAGCUAAACAGCGAGAAAACCUACACCUGCAGUCACAGGAGGUGGUGAAACUUUGGCCUGAUACCCUCCAUGGACAAAGGCUGAAAAGGCUGCAGGAAAAGAAGAUUCGAAAGGAAAUUGAGGAGGAGCAAAUGAGACUGGCUGAUUUAGAAGAAGCAAAAUACCAGGAGGAGAGGCGGAAGGAGAUUAUUGAAAAAGCCAAGACUCAGCUCUACUGUCAAACCGACAGAGUCAAAGGACUACAUAGUGCACUCCUGCUGACAGAGGUGCUGAAGGAGAGGGAUGCUCAGAUUGAGCUUAAACAAAGAAGAAAGAGUGCCAAUAUAGAUGUGGACAAAGCAUUUCUGCAUAUGGUACAGACUAGAGAGGAUGAAGCCUCGAAACAGGAGCAGGAGAAGGCAAUGCAGAGGAAGCUUGUGAGACAGGUUGCUGCAGAAGACCUGAGAAACCAAAUAAAAGAAAAUGAGCUGCUGAGAGAGCGACAGAAGCUGGAGAGCAAGAAGGAUGGAGACGAAAUCCAGCGUCUCCAAGCGCUGCAUCAGCUGGAGCGAAGGAUGGAGGCAGAAAGACAAGCAAAUCAGAAAAGAAGCCUCAUGCAAGCUCGCCAGGAGCAUAUCACCAACAGAUACCUCAUAAGAGCCACGGAUGCUCAGAAACAGGAAGCUGAAGAGGAGCAAAGGAAACUGUUUCUCUCUACUAAGCAAAAAAUCAUCAAGUUACGCAAAGAAAAAGAAAAAGAGCUGCUUAGAGAGGCCCAGACACAUAGAGACAGGAUCAUAAACAAACUGACGGUCACACAGCAGGAGCAAGCUGUCAGCGAGGAGCAGAAGAUCGCAAAGGCUGUCGCAGAGAGCGAGGCAAAACAGGCGCAGCAGCAACUGGAGGAGGAUGAGAAGAAAGCUGCAAUGUUGAAGUCCAUCAGUGUACACAGAGAGCUAAUGAGACAAGAGAAGGAGGAGAACGACAAAAUAGAGAGGAAGAAGGCCCAAGAAGCACUGCAGGCCAAGAAAGAGGCUGACAGAAUAUUUACUGAGAAGCAGCAACUAAAGGUUAAGAAAAUCAGAGAAGAAGAAAGAGAGGUGCAAGACUUCAAUGCUGCGCAAAUGGCUGAAAAAGGUGCCAGACUUCAGCAGCUGAGAGAACAGGAACAUGAGUUUGAAGUGAAGAAUGCAGAACUCAUCGCUGAAGAGGAAAACCGCUUCCAGCAGUAUUCACAGCAAAUCAUCAACGCUGCAGCAGAGGCUCAGCGAAACGUGUUUCCACUUUGUAAAGCUGCGAGGGAGGGGAUCGGAGGUGGGUCCGGUCCUGUUUUUAGUGGAGUCAGGCCAAGUUACCUUGUUCAGGACCGCACUGGAGCUCAGAUGCCCAAAUAUGUGUCAUUGGCCACCCAGAACAUCAAAAAGCUUCACGAAGCUGUAGAUAUUCAGGAUGCCAAGAGAAGACUUGGAUUCACGUGGUGAUAGGUUACAUCCAGUUUGAGUGCACUUCCAGAAAGCAGGUUCAGUAAGUGUGAGUUUGUUAACUCUGAUAUGAGGGAAACACUGUUCCUGAGUCAGGCUGUGUGAACCUAACCUGCUUGCUAUCAGGUUUCAUGAACAAACUCACAAAUCCCUCCUACACCCGAAUCAGCCGAAACACUCAGUCUCACAUCCACAUCCCGAACGCCCUAAUGUCACCUGCAUUUUGUCCCUGUCAGAUUUGGACAGGGAAAAAAAUGAAGAUUCAAGUAUAUACAUACAAUCACUUAAAUCUUUUAAUAAGUGCUGUUGAAGGUUCUACAAUGUAUUUUAUCUUCACAAGGCCGGGCCUAUUAACCUCUCAGUAGUGAACAUGUUUGAUUAAAACUGGAAGUUUCUCUUUGCCAACAUACAAAGGAUUUGUUUGACAGCACUUAUUGGAUUGACCAAUACUCAGAACAAUGGCAAAGUCCAAGGAGCUCCAUUCCAUUCCUAAACAACUGCAGAUUCCAGGAUCAUCAUUUCAAACAACUGUACGCAAGUGCAAGCUCUUCAGAUAUAGCACACAAUGCCAUGGUCUGCGUGAAGAACCAAACUGUUACCUCAGAUUUGAUGAAAUCAGUUAAAAUGCUCAGUAUCAACCCAGUAUCCACCAAUACUCAUGUCUAGAAACUGCUUGAAAUGUCCACAUCGAAGACAGCUUUACAUUCCUGUGAAAUGAGAGGGUGACAACCAAGAAAAAAAGCUCCAAACAUCUCCAACACCUUCAAACUGAACUGAAAUUUUCAGUUGCCCACACGAAAAGCCAAAUGCCUUCUAGAAAAAAGUUUUACUGUCAGAUGAAACAAAGAAUGUGAUGACAAGAGGUAUGUUUCAAGGAGUAAAAAUUAAACUUUCAGACCUAAGAACACUGUACCAGUUGUCAAGCAUGGCGGUGGUACCAUCGUGCUCUGGCUGUUUUGCUGUCAGUGGUACUGGUACAUUGCACAAUGUGGAUAGAAUAAUGAAGGAAGAUUAUUGACAAAUUCUUCAACUUUAUCUCAAACUCAGAGCAAGACCAUUGAAACUUGGACACAACUGGGUGUUCCAGCAGGACAAUGAUCCCAAACACACAUAAAAACCAGUGUUGGAAGGAAUAAAGCAGGCUGGCAUUAAGCUUCUGGGAUAGCUUUCUGAAAGUCUGGACCAAAAUCCUAUUGAAAAUCUGUGAACUAUGCUUAAAAAACAAAUUUAUGCCAGGAAACCAACCAUUUUAAACGAACUUCAGCUUGUAGAGCUGCAGCUUGAGGUCUGUUUGAGGUGCAACUUGCUAAGGGACAUUUAAGCAAAGAUUAGCUGGGGUGCAUGUAUAAUUUUG